AUGUUCUCGAAACGUUUUAGUCUGCGGAAGAAGAGCAAUGAUGAAGUCACGCAGCCAGAUCGCAAUCAUAACUUGACGUCAGCCCAUCCCUCACUCCGCGAUCAGAUAGACGACAAGGGCUCGAUCGUGGCUGAGGACAGUCUACCUGUUCAAAAGAAGGGUGAACCUGAUUCGGGCCCCUUGGGUCUGAAUGUGGUUUACACACCCGAAAAUGGACACAAGGCUGAUAUAGUUUUCGUUCACGGCCUUGGUGGAAGCAGUCGAUGGACUUGGUCAAAGUCUAGAAAUGCAGAGCUGUUCUGGCCUUUGACGUUUCUUCCCUUAGAACCUGACCUCUGUCUGGCCAGGAUUCUUAGCUUCGGGUAUAACGCAAACUUUCGGAAAACAGGAAAUGCCAGCACUGUUGUCCUAGACUUUGCCAAAGAGCUGCUUUUUGAUCUCAAGUAUGCCAAGGAUGAGGAAAAGAAAGAUCUCAACAUUGGCGCUGUUCCGCUGCUUUUUGUCGUCCAUAGCAUGGGUGGGCUUAUCAUCAAGGAGGCAUAUAUGCAGGGCCAAAAUGAUCCGGAAUAUGAGAAUAUUGUCAAGGCCAUCUCUGCGAUUCUCUUUCUGGCCACCCCGCACAGGGGAACCAACCUAGCAGAUAUCCUGAAUCAGUUGUUGCAAUCGACCCAUAUCAGCACAUCAAAGCUUUACAUAUCGGAGCUCUCAAAAGACUCACUCACAUUACAAAAACUCAACGAGCAAUUCCGGCACGUUGCACCAAGGCUUGAUAUUGUCUCUUUUUACGAGACGCAGCCCACUUCGAUCGGAAUCAAAGGCGCACGAGUGAUGAUACUGGAAAAAGACUCAUCCGUGCUUGGGUACCCAGGAGAAACCUCUAAAGCUUUGAACGCGGACCACCAUGGGGUUUGCAAGUACGAUAGUCCAAAGGAUCCCAACUACAUAACUGUGAGAAAUGUUCUCAAAUCAAUAGUGAGCAGAAUAAUUUCAACAAACCGUGCAAAUCACGAUCUGGUCUCCAAUCAGAAAGGGUCUACCGACUUGAAAACUGUCUUGGCCAUCCCGGAAUUCCCGGACGUGGACUACAUAUUUUUUCAGGAUCAAUGGACAGAGGGAACCAAUUCCUGGUUUGUCCAAGAAGAAGCCUAUUCUGAAUGGUUCGAUUCCCAAAAGCCAGCGCCAUAUCUACUUUGGGUGAAUGGAGGCGCAGCAACUGGGAAGUCUGUUUUAUCUUCCUUUGUCAUAAACCAACUGGCUGAGCAGGACAUCAACUGCCAGUAUUUCUUCAUACGGUUCUCGGAUCGCAAGAAACGAAGCCUGAGUCUUUUGCUUCGCUCGAUUGCGUAUCAAAUCGCUCAGCACAUGCCUAAUUUUCGAUUCAAACUGGGCGAGCUUGCCGAUGAAGGAGUCGAUCUUGAGACAGCAGACCCAAAAAACAUUUGGGAACGGAUUUUCAAAUCCAUACUUUUCAAGAUGGAGCAAAAUAUCCCUCUCUAUUGGAUCAUAGAUGGUCUGGAUGAGGCUAGUGAUGCUCGAGCCACCAUCAAACUUUUCUCAGAAAUUGGACUGUCAAAUGUGCCGAUCCGAAUUCUUCUUUUCAGUCGCGCAACCUCGGAAAUUGCUCUGGGGCUCAGAAAGGUCCCACGAUCCGUGCGACAAGGCAAUAUCAGUGUCGAGGGGCACAUGGAAGAUCUAUAUGCUCAUAUGCAACAAGAGCUCAGUAUGUCUGGAAGCACUGAUUUCAAGGACAAUAUUGUGCAGCGCAUAGUCGAAGGGUCACAGAAUAACUUUCUCUGGGUACGACUGGUGGUGGAGAAGUUGAAUGCGUGUCAUACGCUUGGAGAAGUUGAGCGCGUUUUACAAGAGCUACCAUCUGGCAUGGAGGCAUUGUACGACAGAAUGGCCUUAUCCAUUGCAGAGAAUCCCUCCCCUUCAGCACGUGCCUUGGCAUCGACAAUCCUCCAAUGUGUCGCAUGUUCAUUCCGUACGUUGACAGUUGCAGAGCUGUCCCAGGCACUGGGUGAUGACCGUUUAGGCAUGCUCGACUUUCAGCAAUCAGUUACGGAUUUGUGUGGCGGAUUUGUUGUUGUUGACAACAGCGGCAAUGUGACCAUGAUUCACCACUCUGCGCGCGAGUAUCUGCUCAGCGAGCAGGAUCGUCCAUUCUCAAUAAAUCAGGCGGUAGCUCACGAAAAACUGUUCCUGGGUUGCAUGCGUUGCCUUAUGGCCACGGGGCUUCGGGCCAAGGUCAGCCGGAAUGAUAAGCCCGAGUUCCUCGACUACAGCGCUAUGUGGUGGCCCUCUCAUCUUACACCAAUAUCCCCCAUGAGGGAGUCCACAUUCAAAGUUCUGAAGAGAUUUUUGACAAGCCAUUGGGUCCUCACCUGGAUGCAUGCUCUUGUCAUGACCAAGCAGCUGCGGAUCCUUAUUCGCGCCUCAAAACACCUCUCCAAUUGUUCCCUCUCAAGGAAUAAUGCACUUGACUCAGCCCCAAGUGGUAUUGAUUAUAUUAUGGAGCAGCAGUUAUUAGAGACGUGGGCCACUGAUUUCAUGAAGAUUGUUGGGAGAUUCGGCACCAUUCUGCGACGAAACCCCGAAGCAAUUUACAAAGCCAUCCCUCCUUUCUGUCCCCAGAAUUCUGCUAUCUAUCAACAAUUUGGGAAAUCGGAAGGCAAGAGCCUUGCAGUUCAGGGAAUUUCAAUGCUGGACUGGGAUGACUCGGUUGCGCGGCUUUCAUUCGGCACAUUUGCGGCCUCAAUCUCUGCUGCCGGCACUUAUAUCGGUGUCUUGCUAUCUUCUGGAAAUGUUUUAGUCUAUGAUUCAUCAGAAUUUGAAGAGACAACAAAUAGUCCAAUCAGGCAUGGAGAGAGGGUGUAUCGGAUGGCAUUUAAUCGCACGGGGACAAUGGUUGUGACAUACGGCUUCAAAACAACCAAUGUCUGGGAAUCUUCAACCGGAAGGUGCAAGGCUUCGGUCCAAAAUCCCAAGUCCCGACCUCAGCCACUUGCUAUUCUCUUCACAAACAAUGAUCAGUCACUCCUGGUAGCAACAGAUGACCGCCAGGUCAGAUCAUUUAACAUAAACGACCCACCCCCCACUUGGCGGCUUGUGGCAGAGCUUGAAGAGCCCGAAAUUGAAGGACACUUCCUGAACUCAUCGAGCUACAUGGCACUGAAUGAGGAGGAAAGUUUGAUUGCGGUGGCCUAUCGGGGACAUCCUCUGUCGGCAUGGGAGGUGGAUGGACCUGUCCAUAUCAACCACUGCUGGCGAGCACGCGAAGAAGUGGCCAGAGGCGAGGUUAUUGAAGCAGUGUGGCAUCCGCACUCUCCUGAGAUUUUGGGGCUUUACAUCGAAGGCGUGGCUUUCAAAUGGAAUCCCUACGAAGGAAAUCCUGAGGAAGUUGGAACUGGCGCUUCCAAGUUGGCCAUUAGCAAAGACGGAAGCCUUUUCGCUACAGGCGACGUACAAGGAACCAUCAAGGUGUAUGCCACCUCGGAUUUUCGUCUUCUCUAUCAGCUAGCUUCUCAAGAUCCCAUCCUUGGUCUAGAAUUCAGUUCCAGUCUUCACCGAUUCUACGACUUUCGUGGGCCUUACGGCAAUGCUUGGGAACCGAAUGCUUUGAUGCGAUAUGCAGAGCGUUUGGAGAAGGGACCUGAUAGCGACAACGAAACGGAUAGCCUUGGGCAAAGCAAUACUCUCUGUACUGUCUCUUCGAAACGGGUCGAUCCCAUCACCGUGUUGGCCGCGUCCCCUCUUGGUCGAUUUUGUUGCUGUGGAACAGAGCACGGAGUCGUGAAAUUGUUCGAUAUCCAGCACGGCAAGGUUUCGGAUAUCCAUGAUUCCAAAGGCUUCCUCAGUAUCGAACAGAUGAUCUGGAGUCACAAUGGCCAAUUCAUCUGUUUUUCAGAUUCAAGCAAGAAUAUCUUCAUUGCUUCAAUGUCCACUACGGAUACUGAGUCCAACCGGUUGACCGUUGAAACAAUGACAAAAGUAUCGAUGAAGAGCAGCACAACAGGCCCCAUCACGCAACUUCUAUUCCAUCCAGAUUCCAGCCAUGUUCUCCUUUCGACAUCGACCACUGUAUUCCUUCUAGCGAUUCCUUCAGGAUCUGUGAAGCACUCUCUGGACUUGAGUUUCGAUGUAUGCAAAUGGGUUUUCCAUCCGCACGAUCAAUCCAUCAUUCUUGGAUUCGGGCCCCGCUCAAUCACAAAGUGCGACUGGACGUUGACUGAAAUCAACAUAUUCCGAUAUGAUGGUUACUGA